AUGAAUCAACCGAAACCAUCUAAGCGACUGGAUCUUCAAGGUAUCCGAGCAUGCGCUAUUAUAGUGGUACUUGGAUUUCAUUUCUUCCCGAAAUACUGUCCAAAUGGAUAUCUUGGAGUUGAUCAAUUCUUCGUCCUAUCCGGAUUUCUAAUGUGUAUGUUAUUGAAACGAGCUGAAAACCAAGCCGCCUGCUCAUUGGUCACAAUAUUCUAUUCAAAACGUUUCAAAAGAAUUUUACCGUUAUACCUUCUUGUCAUACUCGUUUCUAUGAUUUUCCUCUAUAAUUAUUUCCCUGAAACUGCAAUCGAAAGUAACCAGUCAUCUGCUGAACAUGCACUUCUUUUCGUUUCAAAUCGACCGAAAACUGAUCAAGAAGAUUAUUUUUUGAUGCUCAACACUGGAAUUGAUAUCUUCACGCAUACAUGGUCUUUGUCUGUGGAAAUUCAGUUCUACUUUCUGGUUCCAUUCAUUUUUCUUCUUGCCUCAAGGUUGCCAAGAAAGAUCCAAUAUGGGUACUAUAUCUUAAUGGGUUUAUUGUCAAUUCUUUUCUCUUACACAUCUUCUGAAAUAGUUUCAUUCAAUAGUGUUUUCGCGAGAAUUUGGCAGUUUUUGAUAGGAAUGCUCGUUUAUCUUCUCGGUGUUCCAAUCACCCAAGACUCCGGAAAAGCAGAGUAUCAAGUGUUGAAAGUAGAGGAAGGAGAGAAAGAUAUUGAAGACUUGAAGUUACUUCUUGAAGAUGCCGAUGAUGAGUUGGAAGACGACGAACUGGAAUUCGGAAUUGUCAUUUCGAAUGAAAGUGCUGGAGUUUGUAUGAGAUUUUCGGAAAUGUUUUCAUAUCUUCUUCUUUGUUUUCUAUUGGUGAUUACUGCAUUUCCCUUUGCUAUACCAGCUGAUGUUGUCAGACCAGCCGUCACCAUCGGCACCGGAUUACUCAUGCUGACAUCGGAAGACAAUUGGAUAUUGUCAAACAAACUAUUGACCUACAUUGGAGAUAUUUCUUUUUCGCUCUACUUGAUUCAUUGGCCAAUCUAUGCAUAUUGGAAGUUGACUUGUGAAGGAAAUGAGUACUUGCUUAUCACCGCUCUUUUAACAUCAGUUGCACUUGCCAUAAUCACAUUCGAAACAUUUGAAAAGUGUUAUCUGAAACUGUCCUCUACAAGUGUUGGAAUCUUAGUUGUCGUUCUGGUUUUUGUGAACAUAGUUACAAUUCAUAAGGAUGACAUAUAUGAUCACAUUCGUACCAUUGGAAGGAACUACAGUAACCUGGAUGAUGUCACGGAGAACAUGACAGUUGACGACGCAAUCUAUCUCAAUCACCGAUGGAGUGUGAACGAUCUGAAAAACCUUUAUGAUCCAUCUUGUGAGUAUGAGAGCAUAAAAACUCCCUAUGGUUGGUGCAGGCAUACAGGACUAUCAAGACGAGGGAAAUACAGAAUUAUGACAUUUGGUAACAGUUGGACUGCAAAUCACGCAAAACUAUUUUAUCAAGAGUGUGGUUAUAAAGCAAAGAGUAUACUGCAAGGAGCUGCUUACGCGUGUGAGCCGUUGUAUCUUCCCUCAACUAAAGAUAAAUGUCUGGGAAACUUCACAACUUUUGUGACACGGAUAACUGAGGAGAAACCGGAUAUCGCGUUUCAUUUUACAAGACACAUUUCAAUUGGGAAUGGAUUCCCGAAAAAUGUGACAACAUUUGAUAAAGAUCCGAUAUAUCAAAUGAUGAAGACACAGAUGCUGAAGUUUAUUGCAAAUAUCAAAUACAAAUUAUAUUUAGUUCACGCGAUACCGAGUGUAUUGCCCAAUCAGUUAGGGAAAGUAGCGGAGAGGUUGAAGAAUGGAACGAGUCGAGUGGAGCUUGAGAAAAUGAUUCUCCGUCCGCAUGGCUAUGAAAUGGCCAGAAGACGUUAUGAGCAAUUGAUGAAAGACUGCAAUGGAAAGUGUGAGAUGAUUGAUUAUCUACCGGAAUUCUAUAACAAUUCUACCAAAACAUUCCGAUAUUUUGAUGACAAAGGCUUCCUUUACUGGACUGCGGAUCAACAUUUCUCACCUCACGGAAUCGAAAAAAUUAGGCAUAUUUGGACUGAUAUUUGUACUAAAUUGUAG